GUGAGGUUAUGUUGUGUUAUUAUUAAUUUAAUUAUUUAAAAACGCGAAUCAAAAUGAUCGAAGAAGCGAAUUGGAAACCAAUUCCAGUAGGCAAUAAUUUGUUUUCCGAGGGAUUAAUAGGAAUAGAAGAAUGUACCGAUUAUACGUUUACUAAAAACGGUGACAUUAAGGAGUCUUCGACACCGUUAAAACGAAAAAAGAAAACUUCUAAUAACAAUAAAAAGAAGCAAAAAAUAGAUGAAAACGAUUUCACGUUAGCCACGAGUGGAAAUACAUCGAAUUUCGAUGAAUCCGAUUCAGUUAUAAACCAGGAUUACACGUUAGAUGCAUGGAGUUGUUUCGGGCUGCCCGACGUAAUAUUACGGGCUAUUGGAGAAUUGGGUUUCGACGAUCCUACGCCUAUUCAAUCAAUGACAUUACCAUCAGCAAUUCUAGGUAGAAGAGACAUUGUAGGAGCUGCUGAAACAGGCAGCGGUAAAACGUUGGCUUUUGCCCUACCGAUUUUAACAGGAAUACUGAAAUUAAAAGAAUCUGCUGGUUCGGAAGACUGCAAACCUCUUUAUGCUUUGAUAUUAACGCCUACGAGGGAAUUGGCUAUACAAGUGAAGAAUCACAUUGUAGCAGUCGCAAAAUAUACAGGUGUAAAUGUUGCCGUGGUCGUCGGGGGAAUGGCGGUCGUAAAACAAGAAAGGAUUUUGUCGAAAGAACCUGAAAUAGUAAUAGCUACACCGGGACGUUUGUGGGAAUUAAUACAACAAGGGAACUCGCAUCUCUCCAAAGUCGAUAAAAUAAAAUAUUUGGCUAUCGAUGAGACGGAUCGAAUGCUGGAAAAAGGCCAUUUUCAAGAGCUUAACGAUUUACUGGAAAAGAUUAAUUUCGAUAAGAAUAUCUCAAAGGAGCGUCAAAAUUUCGUGUUUUCGGCUACACUGACUUUAGUGCACGAGUUACCGAAUUAUUUGAAAUCAAAACGCUCUAAAAAAAUCGGAAAUUUGACUCCCGAACAGAAAGUACAAAAAAUCGUCAAGGCUUUAGGUUUGAAUAAUCCGAAAGUAGUCGAUAUCACCGAAGGAAAAGGCACAUCGGAAACUCUAACGGAAUCUAAAAUAACCUGUUCUAUAGAAGAAAAAGACUAUUACCUCUUCUAUUUCUUAAAAAUGCACCCCGGCAGAACCGUUGUUUUUUGCAACUCCAUAGGAUGCGUUAAAAGAUUAGGAGCGUUAUUAACUCUAUUAAAUUGCAACCCUCUUCCUCUACACGCCUCAAUGCAACAACGGCAACGAUUAAAAAACAUCGAUAGGUUCACCGGCAACGAAAAUAGUAUUUUAAUAGCAACAGAUGUGGCCGCUAGGGGUUUGGACAUACCGCGCAUCGAUCACGUUCUGCAUUAUCAAACGCCCAGGACGAGCGAGAAUUACGUACACCGAUCUGGCAGAACGGCCAGGGCAUCUAGAGAGGGCAUUUCCGUCGUUUUCAUCGAACCGACCGAAAUCCCGAGAUACAUAAAGCUUUGCAGAACGUUAGGAAAAGCCGAUGAUAUGCCGUCGUUUCCCGUGCGUGAAAACGUAUUGAGUGCCAUGAAGAAAAGAGUGAAUCUAGCUAGGGAUAUAGACAAGCUGCAAUUGCAAGUAAAAAAAGCUGGUUUAGAAAGCGGAUGGCUUCAGAAAACCAUUGAAGAAGCAGAUAUCAUCGCAGACGAUUUUAAUACAAAAUACGAUAACAAGGAAGUGUCGAAGAACAAAAAGCUGUUGGAAUUGAAGAAGAAGCAAUUACUGUCGCUUUUGAAUAUGCCUAUUUAUCCGGAAAAAUUCAACGGAAACCAUCCGUUAUUUUCAGCCGCAUUGUCUUCCACGACAGAUAGCAAAAACGAUAGCGCAAUCACGCUAGUGAAGGAUAUAGCGCCGAAACAAAACGGAAAAAAGAAGAACCCGCGUUUAUUUAAGCCCAAAAAACAUACAAUAAUCAAAUAGAAUCAUUUUUACGACUAAUAAAUCGUUCACAAG